AUGACAUCGAUUUCUUCUCCAUUUUUUUCACUAUUAGUCAUAUUCCUUCUGGCGAUCAUAACACAGGCUUCGCUCCUCGAUCCUUCACAAUCAGAUGUCAGCUUAUUUGACAGAUUAAGAUUGGAAACUGAUCUCAAAAACGGAGCUUCCUUAUUACGAGAGAUUCUUGAGACGAAAACCACCAAUGCUCAAUUGCAAGAGCUGGAGCGAUUAACAGAGCACUACCGUUCAAAAAGAUGUCGCUGGAAGCUGUGUGGAACUGGACGUCGUUUCCGAUUCAACUAA